AUGUCGACCGAAGCAUUGCUUCAGAAGUACCAAGGCCACAUCGUGCCACAAAGCUACAACGCUGGCUUUGUCGCCCUGAGCUAUGUGGUCAGUCUUGUUGGUGCUGGUUCGACUCUCGAACUCAUUAACCGCCGAACCGGUUUUAGAGGUCUCUUCAACCAUCUGCUGCUGAUGGGCUCAGCAGUCACUAUGGGUGGAGUAUCUAUCUGGUGUAUGCACUUUAUCGGUAACAGAGCCAUCGAUCUCGCCGAUGGGCAGCCCGAACUGCAAGUCGCUUAUUCCAGCGGCUUCACCGCGAUAUCUUUUUUCGUCCCAAUCCUGGUGCUUCUUGCCGCCUUCAUGGCUGUUGGCACCAACAACGUAGUCUCGUGGUGGAGACUCGUGGCCGGCGGUGUUCUCUGCGGAACAGCUGUAUGCGGAAUGCACUAUCUCGGCAAUGCCUCCAUCAACAACUACACGUGUGUAUACCAACCGGCAUACGUUAUAGGAUCUGCCAUCAUUGCUAUAGUGGCAAGCAACGUCGCCUUGGCCAUGUUCUUCGUGUUUCGAGCUAUGUGGGCGAAUGCAUGGUGGAAACGAGGCAUCUCGGCUGUUGUGCUGGCCGGGGCCGUUUCCGGUAUGCAUUGGUGUGCUGCUGUUGGAACUCGCUAUCGACUCAAGAGCAUCAAGCCCAAUGGCAAUGAGCCCUCAAGAACAGGCACCGUCGUCGUCGUCAUCUGCUUGUCUCUAGGGGCGUGUUUCGUAAUUGCCAUCUCAGCAGUCCUUCGAGCAAGAAACAUGAGAAGAAUGGCUCUGCGUGCCCAACAGAUUACUCUCGCAGCAGCCAUCUUCGACAAGGGCGGAAGAAUCCUGGUUGAUCCUGAUGGAUACAUCCCAAACACUGUGGUGACUGACUCUUUUCUUGAAAAGGACGCCAAGGAAGGAUUCAAUACUGGCCACCCUCUAUUCCAUUGGAUGUACCAAGCAUCAAGGAACUGGAACAUGAUAUGGAGUCUCAUAGGAGGCAUGAGACAUCAUUUGUCGGAAUUACCACACUCCCGCACACGCAAGGAUGGGCGCCGAGGAAUCCAGCUCGUGAGCGACCAUGGUGAAACCAUCGAUAGUUACGAUAUGAUAUUCAGGGAGCUUUUCUGCCUCGCUGCUGCUGCUCUCGCCGAUCGGUUCCGGGAAGACCUCACAUCCAUCGGAGUGCUCUGGGAUCAAAUCCUGCCAACAGGCGCCAAUGGUCGGAGACCACAGCCCCAACCACAACCACAGCAGCGCAAGCAAUCUAUAGCAGGGGGGCCCGGCUUAGAAGGCAGUGAUGUUGUUGAAGAGAUGCACAAUAGUCUGGAUAUUGCUGAGAAAGGCUCGCAUUCACUGGAUUAUGGCUAUGGCUAUGGGCGCGGGUCCCUAAUGUUCCUCGUCCGCAGGUCUGAAUCAGCUCGCGAUAACGAGCGUUUGAUCUCGGCUGGUUAUCGGUUUGCUGAGGUGCAUCAGGUCAGCGAUCUCAUCAAAUCAAAUAUGCAGAUCCAAACCCCUGAAUUCGAAGCCAAGCUCAGGGAAAUGGCAAGCUACACGAGUGAACACAACCACAUCCAGCAGGGCACCCAUUUAGGCUUCUUUGCCGUCAGAGCCCGCGUUAGCUCCAGCUUCGAGGUCCUUGUGAGAAAAGGCGCACGUCAUCUACUUCCAACUAUGCCCCUACCGUUUAAGGAUUUAGAAGAUUGGCACCUGCACUACCUCAGGAGAUUUGAGAACAUGCCGGUCUCCAAAAUCGUGGAGAAGUGUAAGGAUGAUUCUCAGCGCAAUGACCGAGAGGCCGAGUUCGCCGGACAGAUUGCAGACACCAUCCAAGGCCUGCGCGAGUGGACACAAGAGCCCCUACUUGAGGAUGCACUCUUUACAUCGACAACGUUCCGGAUACCUUGUCGUGGAGAUGAGAAGCGUUCAGAAGCAACGAUGAUUGCAGUACGGCUCGUCAUUCCCAUCCACUCGGUAUUGUCAAGCCCGAACUGCGAGUUUGUGCCCCUGAGCUUCUUCAGGAUGCGUCAGGUAUCGACACAAUCCUACCAGGAAUUCACACGAGGGCUACAUCAAGAAUUCGGCCAUAUUGCCAAAACGGCAGAUCGUCAUGAAGAAUCACAAGUCGGUAUUGUUUCUUCGGCAUCCAGUCGAUGGCCAUUUGGGCGUUCAGACACAACCCGAAGCACUCGGGCCAGAGGGAAAUCUGUGUCAAACGUUGCUGGGCGCCCGACUUCGAUGGCUGACUCGACACGAUCCAGCUCGACGAUCAAUCUUUGCUCCCCAGGGAUCAAUAUCCGAACCCAAUCCAUUGACUCUACGGAGGUAUCAGUGCCAUACAUGCCCCGACAGGAGCCUCUUCAGACUGCGCCGUCGUAUGGUGGUAUCAUGGUGUUCCAAGAGAUCACUGUAGACGUGCAAGAGAGCAAUGAACCACCGGGAAGAAAGCCAAGCAACAGCUCUGACGCUGCUACACUCACAAUUGAGAAAACAAUCACUAGACCUAUGCCACUGGCAGGCAUCGAGCUGCAGUCUAUGGGCCAUUUUGGGGCAAAUGAUGUUGGCACGCAGUUGUCCAACGAUAUUGGGGCAGGUAAAGGUGGCCACAGUUACGUGACGUGCUUUGUAGAUGUUCUGUUUGCAAAGACGGUAGAAAGUCGUUAA